AUGGAUGAUAAUUUUACUUCAAAAUCAACAGUAUUACAUUUUGAGACAUAUAAUAAACGUCAUUUAGCAUCAAAUAUAGCUACAAAAAUUCUUAAAUGUCUUCAAGAAUUAGGAAUUCAAAACAAGAUAACAUCUGUAACAGCUAAUGAUGCUAAUAAUAUGCUUGGUGCAUUUGAUUGCCUUCGAAAUGUUGAUCGAUUUUAG